AUGCAACAUGACGCUGACCAUGAGAACCACCCCAGUUGUUCACGGUGUCGCAAGCAAAAGAUCAAGUGUUCGGGUUCGCACCCUUGCGAUGCCUGCAAGAAGCGCAAGCUGUCUUGCGAGUUUGACCAGCGCGACCAAAAGAUCUUGGUCACAAGAGGCUUCAUUCUUGAUCUGCAGCAGCAGGCUGCCAAUAGUCAACGUCGCGCUGGCGCUGCAGAGUAUGUUACACCAGGGUCGCUGGACACAAACAUAGACGUUGGCGGCAGAGGUCCUGAAGAAGGCGACACCGUCACCGUUAAUGUCAACCAUCCUCCCUCUCCAGGCGGCAAUGCCUCCACUGUCCCAACAGACGAUGCAUUGUCGGGAAACAGGAGUAGCUCAAAUAGUAGGAAUGGGCUGGACCCAGUGGCUUCUGCUCUUACAAAUCCCCUUUCAACUGGACAGUCCAAGUUUAUGACCUCGGCUGAGGGAAGAGAAUUUUACCUUGGCACCUCUUCAAAUUGGUCCUUCAGUCGCCGUGUACUCAGCCUUACACAUGAGUAUAUCCAUCAGAGCCCCAUCGCCGCAGAUAACCUGCUCUUUGAUGGCUCAGCCUACGAUCUUGGAUGGGAUGGCUCUCGCAUCAGCCCACCUCCAGAACCUCCUCUAAUGCCCAGUCUGGACCACGCUGUGUAUCUCAUCAACACGGUCAAGUUUCAUUGCAGUCAGAUAUUUCACUUGUUCGAUGAUGAAUCCUUUACGCAGUAUCUUCACGAAUUCUAUGCCGACCCUACCAGUCACAUCGCCGUCGCAGAUCUCCGCUACAUUCACCUCCUAGUUAUUCUGGCAUUCGGAAAGGCUUUUGCCGAAACCAACAAUUAUCAAUCGAAACGGCCACCCGGAGCUGAUUACUUUGUCACUGCUCUUCGUCUCCUACCGAGUAUUCACAUUCUCGUCCAAGAACCGAUUUUAUCGACUGAGAUUCUCUGCUGUAUCGCCCUGUAUUUUCAGUGCCUCGACUACCGGCACUCGUCACAUUGCUAUAUUGGUCAAGCCAUGAGAAUCGCCCUCUCACAAGGCAUGCACACAGAUAUGCCUCUUGAACACCUAGGGGAGAAGAUCGUUGAGCGAAGCCGCAAGUUAUGGUGGACAGUCUAUGUCCUUGACCGUGAAAUGACAUCGUUGAUGGGCUUGCCUCAAACCAUCCACGACGACGACGUGCAUCCUCAGCUUCCACACUUUUCUGGCUCGACACAUAGAGUGGCAGCUCUUCAUAUGCAAAUUCGGUUAUGCCGGACAAUUGCCUCGAUCAAUAGAGGUGUUUAUGGGGCCAACGGGCGACUGAACAAGAAGUUCUUGCUCAGCACCAAGAAAGUCCUCGAAAACAUCGCUGGGCUGGCCGACGAACUUCAGCAGCAGUUUCCCCUGGGCGUGGAUAGAGCCAUCAAUGGAGUGUCUCGAACAUCGGGCUACCUGCACCUUCUCUAUCACCAGUGCAUCGUCCUCGCAACACGUCCACUGCUCCUCUGCUUCCUCAAGAUCCGAUUCGAGACUCCGGGCUCCAUCACAGAAGCGCUCAACUCCUCUCAAACUGUCUGGAACCUGAUCAAGAUGUGUGUCGACUCAUCCUACCAAAUGAUCAACAUUCUUGGCUGUUUGCAAAGUCAAGGUCUGCUUGAAGCCUUUCUCCCUUUUGAUCUUGAGUCUCUGUUUAUCUCGAGUUUGAAUCUGCUUGUCGCCCCUGUUCUCGAUCCUCGAUUUCUUGAGCAUGAUACGUCGUUUCGCCAUAAGUCGUAUUCUAUCUUUAAUGAGAUGAUUGGAAAGGGGAAUCUGAUUGCAGUAUUUCGACGAUCCGAACUUCAGCAACUCGACGACAUGCUCAGCCGCCUGCCUCGAGAAGAUACCGGACAAACCCCUGUUCCAGCCAACGUCGAUGGGCAAAUCAUAGGAGGCUCGAUGCCUGAUGUUCCAGAGGGUGCAACACCGGCUAUGGAUUCUCUGAACGGGGAAAACGAAGCCAUGGAGUCCAUGAUCCCAGGCAUGGAGGACUUUGGAAUGGAUGCGUGGUUUACGACUGCGCAGAUGAUUGAUAUGGCAAACUCGAUUGCGAAUAGCGACACCGAGUGGGUUUCGCAUACCAUGAUGGAACAUGACAUCUGGUAG